AUGGCGGCAACUGUAGUGGUCGGCCUUCCUACCAGAAUGCCUCCUUGGUCGAAGAGCCCCUUUACUAGGUUGGGCGCAGGAAGCAAAAAAACUUGCGCAAAGCCCGCUUUCUUCGCUCCGCGAAUGAGAGAGAGAGGAAAAAACACGUUCUCUCUUUGCGAGGUCCGAAAGUGGAGAACGCAUAGCAUUCUCUGGGCACAUAGGAUCAAACGUAAAGCAGCGCUUUCUUGGCAGAGUUUUAGGCGGCAAGAGACUGACGGGCUUGUUGGAGCUGCUGAGCAUAACGAAUCGAAGCCGAAGACGGAUCAAGGUUUUUAUUCCAAGCCGAUAGGCGAAGGGCCGAAGGAUGGAGCGUGCAAAGUCGAUCGUGCACCUGUCGUGGGGGCACUCAAAUGGAACUUCGAUCGGAUGCGGGUAUCCAACCCCGCCGCUGAGAUGUCCAGCGGAUUCCUGGGCCUUGACGAAUGGCCGGCCACCUUUUACGUUAGAAGAGCAAAAGGCCCGGGGCAUAGCAGGAUGAACCAAUGUGAAUGA